GGUUCAGUGAAGUGUCUUUGGCCCUUCAUCAUUACUUCAGUCUGCGAGCUGGUUGAAUAAAGUUGCGAGGAGCACGCGCUUGUUGCAACUUUGAAUCGAUUCAUCGCGCGCGUCUCCCCCAACAACUCGCAGCUCUGUCAUUUAGGCUACUUGUCUGCCUGCUCCAUUCAAUACAGUGGAAACGUGUGAUCUUUCAGGCUGUCUACAAUGGACGAGGAUAACAACGUCUUGCCUGAUUUGAAGGAUAUAGAGACCAAACUGGGUCUAAAGGUCCCGGAUAGUCUCAUUCGUUCUCUCGCCGGAGGGAAGCAUCACGACAAGCACGAGAAGUCGCCAGCACCGCAUUUAGUGAACUGCAAAUUACAUGCUAAUAAUGCGGACUUGAAAAGACUGGAGACCAAAAUGCUAUUCCUCAAACAAGAAAUGGCACAUCUACGAGCCAUCGAUGUGAAGCUGAUGCAGCAGCUUAUGGCAAUCAACGAAGGCAUUGAGUCCAUCCGUUGGAUGAUAGAAGACAGAGGUGGCGUGGCCAGCCAAGAGGGCAGCCUGACGGGCAGCUUGUACAGCCUGUCGGACAGCCAGGACGGUACCUCACUGCGCGGCAGCUUCAACAGCUUGAAUGAUGGUAACAGUGACGGGCUAGAUAGUCUAUCUGUGGGUAGUUACCUGGACACUCUAGCAGAGGACCUCCCGGAUGACCCCUCACCUACGGAUCUUGACUGUUUUGUGGAUAAAACGGUUAUUGAUGGGGAUGCUUUCAGCAAAUCGCCACUGAAAGUCAGAGUGGAAUCGGAUGAAUACUACUGCUUUGGAUAAUAAGCUAAACGCAGAGCCUGCUGAGAUAUUCUGUGAAGAAAGAUUUUAAAAUGUGUUUCGCCACUUUGAUAAAUUAACACAGCUGUCUGGUUUUUCCUACAUGCUUUACAUUUGACUCAUAAUAGCUGACAGCCAAGGUGUUGGCGAUUAAUACCAAAUGACUAAUGUUACUUUUCACCGUGUCACCAGCUUCCUUAAAUUGUGGAUUGAACACACACCUUAACAAACCAUUGCCCCUUAAUGUCACACCAAAUGCAAGUGAAAGCAUCUUAACAACUCUUAUGUCUUAGUAUUUUACCAUGCAGGUCAAUUCAAUUAAAAAAUGUGCUCUGUUAUGAUUUAAAGAUUUAUUUAUUUAUUGUGGAGUUAUCCAAUACCUUAGCAGUUUAUUUUCACAGUUAAAAUACUUCUUAGCCUAAAAUUGCUGAAGAUGGGGUGAAUAAAAGCAGCAACAUCAGUUGAACAGCAAAUUUUCUUCUCUGUCUGUGGAAAAUGUAACUGCGACUUUGUGUUAGGUCAACCACAAUCAGCUGAUCUAAGUGAAGGAGUAGAUUAGCAUUUAGCGGCCGUUUGGAAAAUUGUUCAGGUCGUGUUGACUGAUUCAAGUGGGAAAACUGUUUAAAGUGGCAAGUGGUAAGUUUAAGUGUUAAAGCAAGUGCAAUUCACUUCCAUGCCAAAUUCUGAGCACCACAUGUUGAGCUUUUAAUUAUUUUUACUUAAAUAUUUUGACUGAUGGAAGUUCCUAAGCUAAACCACACUCCAGAGAUUAGUAGCACAUUCAAAGCAUGGAUGCUUGACUGAAAACCAAAGCAAUUUGAUCGUCUUAUAAAUAAUUUUGGCCUGAGGCAAACUCUGUUAACAGCAGAUGGGAGAUUUGUUGGUGGUAGACAUAUGGGAAACAUGUUUGCUUUGUAGGCACAUUUUAAUCCUCUGUUGUCAAAAAAAAGGUUUAACGAGAGCUAUACAUUGCUGUACAUAACUGUCGUUUUAGCUUUAAACUCUUUGUGUUGAUUUGUUUGACAUUUGUAUUUGAUGCUGCCUCCUUUUGAAAGAAAACCAUGUUUUUUUUUAUUGAUUUCUGUUCAUUUUGUUGUGGAAAUGAAAUAAUAUAUUGUGAUUUUCCUCCUGCUCA